ACUUCGUUAGGUGGGUCGAUCUCCCCCUCCCUCCUCCUCUUCUUCCUCCUCUUCCUCCGCCUCCCAGUCCUCCUCCUCCUCCUCCUCCUCCUCCUGAUCUUCCCUCCUCGGCGGGCGAGGGUGGGGGGGGCGGGGGAGGCCGGGGCUCGCCCCGCGCAGCCACGAUGCUCCUGGACGCCGGCCCCCAGUAUCCCGCGAUCGGCGUGACCACCUUUGGCGCAUCCCGGCACCACUCGGCGGGCGACGUGGCCGAGCGAGACGUGGGCCUGGGCAUCAACCCGUUCGCCGACGGCAUGGGCGCCUUCAAGCUCAACCCCAGUUCGCACGAACUGGCCUCGGCCGGCCAGACAGCCUUCACGUCGCAGGCUCCCGGCUACGCGGCUGCCGCGGCCCUGGGCCACCAUCACCACCCGGGCCACGUCGGCUCCUACUCCAGCGCCGCUUUCAAUUCCACGCGGGACUUUCUGUUCCGCAACCGGGGCUUCGGGGACGCGGCGGCCGCCGCUAGCGCGCAGCACAGCCUCUUCGCGGCUUCGGCCGGCGGCUUCGGGGGCCCACACGGCCACACGGACGCCGCGGGCCACCUCCUCUUCUCCGGGCUCCACGAGCAGGCUGCGGGCCACGCUUCGCCCAACGUGGUCAACGGGCAGAUGAGGCUCGGUUUCUCCGGGGACAUGUACCCGAGGCCGGAGCAGUACGGCCAGGUGACGAGCCCGCGAUCCGAGCACUACGCCGCGCCGCAGCUCCACGGCUACGGGCCCAUGAACGUGAACAUGGCUGCGCAUCACGGGGCCGGCGCCUUCUUCCGCUACAUGCGCCAGCCCAUCAAGCAAGAGCUCAUCUGUAAAUGGAUCGAGCCGGAGCAGCUCGCCAACCCCAAAAAGUCGUGCAACAAAACUUUCAGCACCAUGCACGAGCUGGUCACGCACGUCACGGUGGAACACGUCGGUGGCCCGGAGCAGAGCAACCACAUUUGCUUCUGGGAGGAGUGCCCGCGCGAAGGCAAGCCCUUCAAAGCCAAAUACAAACUGGUCAACCACAUCCGCGUGCACACGGGCGAGAAGCCCUUCCCCUGCCCGUUCCCCGGCUGCGGCAAGGUUUUCGCGCGCUCAGAGAACCUCAAGAUCCACAAAAGAACGCACACAGGGGAGAAGCCCUUCAAGUGCGAGUUCGAGGGCUGCGACCGGCGCUUCGCCAACAGCAGCGACCGCAAGAAGCACAUGCACGUGCAUACGAGCGACAAGCCCUACCUUUGCAAGAUGUGCGACAAGUCCUACACGCACCCCAGCUCUCUGCGCAAACACAUGAAGGUCCACGAGUCCUCUUCUCAGGGCUCACAGCCUUCACCCGCCGCCAGCUCCGGGUACGAGUCGUCCACGCCACCCACCAUCGUCUCUCCCACUACAGACAACCCGACCACCAGUUCCAUGUCACCCUCCUCCUCCGCGGUCCACCACACAGCCGGCCACAGCGCGCUCUCUUCCAAUUUUAACGAAUGGUACGUUUAAAAUCAGAAACAAAAAAACAUGGCAAACCUAUUUAAGAGACUGAUCACACGUAUACCCAAUUGUUGAAAGAAUCCUGAGAGUCGAGAAACCCCUCGUCCCGAUCCCGCAAACGUUGUUUUUUGUUUUGUUCGUUUUUUUUUUUUGUUUGUUUGUUUGUUUUUUAAAUCUGCCGGUAAAUCCAGGACUGAGAAAAACAGAGGAAACAGCAAGCCUUUAAAUUUUUUUCAAUUUUCUAUUCCCUUUCUUUCUUUCUUUCUUUCUUUCUU